CUGGGGCAAAGAAGCAACGGACUCGAUGCCCAGCUGAGCAUCCCAGCCGGAGUGGGGGGGGCAGGCAGGGAGACCCCCGAGUGGGCGUCGCUCUCCGCCCUUUAGAGAAUGGGAGGAGCUGGACGGAGAGGGGAGGCGCUACAAGCACUUCCUGGCUGGGGUCGUUCAGGGGAGGGGGAUCCACGUGCGAGGCCGGGAAGGAAGGAAGCUUAGCCGGCGGGGCUGCGAGGAAAGCGGGCAUCUCUUUUCCUGCGCGCAUCUCUUGGACCGAGGAACAGAGCCGCCUUUCCCUGCGGGCGCCUCAGACUCUCAUGGCCUCGUCUUCAUCUCUUGGAACCUCAGUUCUUUGUAAUCGAGGAUUAACAGCGGUUGAGCUUCCAAUUCAGGAAUUGAUAUCGCUUGAAGAUGUAGCUGUGGUUUUCUCCGUGGAGGAGUGGGCCCUGCUGGAUUCUGAGCAAAAAGCCCUGUACCAAGAGGUCAUGCAGGAAACCAAGAGGAACUUGGCCUCCUUAGGCGACGGAUGGGAGAUGGAGGAUUCUGGCCAAGAGGCAGCAGCACCUUUGCCAAAAGAGAAAAAGGAAGUUGCAGAAAAAAUGUAUGGAAAGCCAAGUUUGGAGGAAAACCAAUUAAAGGUUGAGCUGGAGAAUUGCUCUGGUUUAUCUUCUGCAGAUACCAAUGUCUUAUUGGACACCGAUGAUUGCCAAGAGAAAGAAGUGUGUUCCAGGUGUGGGAAAACACUCCGAGAUGGAUCUGGAUUAUGUGACUGUUGCCAAAGCUAUACUGGAGAGAAACAGGAUGAAAGCAGGCAACACUCCAGAAGGAGCCUUCCUCCUUCUCUACAUGAAAGAAGAAGAGAAGGAGGGGAAAUGUACAAAUGUACGGAGUGUGCAGAAAGUUUCAGUACAAGCCGCUCUCUUGCAUUGCAUAAAAAGAUACACAAAGCAGAGAACCCACACAAAUGUCUGGAUUGUGUGAGGACCUUCAGGCAGAAAAGUCACCUUAAUUCACAUAAGAAGGUCCACGAAGAGAGGAAGCAGCAUCAAUGCAUCACCUGCAGAAAGACCUUUGGAAGCAACACCUCCCUUGCUUCCCAUAAUAGGAUCCAUACAGGGGAAAAGCCAUAUCAUUGCACAGUGUGUGGAAAGAGCUUCACCCAAAAUAGCAAGUUAAGUUUACAUAAGAGGAUCCACACCGGAGAGAAGCCAUGUAAAUGCACAGAGUGUGGAAAAUGCUUCAGGACCUCCAGUUCCCUUACCCGCCAUAAGAGGAUUCACACAGGGGAGAAACCCUAUGAAUGCUUGGAGUGUGGAAAAAGCUUCCCCAGAAGUUGUGCUCUAACUUUACAUAAUAGGAUUCACAAAGGGGAGAAACCAUAUAAAUGCCUGCACUGUGGAAAGAGCUUCAGUCAAAAAGGUAGUCUAAACUCACACGAGAGCAUCCACACGGGAGAAAAACCAUUUCAAUGCACGGAAUGUGGAAAGAGCUUCCGCACUUCAAAAAGCCUUACUUCCCAUAACAGAAUCCACACGGGGGAGAAGCCCUUUCAGUGCCUGCAGUGUGGAAAAUGCUUUGCCAGUUCUAGUGGCCUUCAUGACCACAAACUGACCCACACAGGGGAGAAACCGUACAAAUGCCUGGAAUGUGGAAAGAGCUUCCGUUUCUCAGUAAGUCUUACUUCCCAUCACAGAAUCCACACAGGAGAGAAGCCCUUUCAAUGCCUGCAGUGUGGAAAGAGCUUCGCCCGAAAAGGGAAUUUCAAUUUACAUAAGAGGAUCCACACUGGAGAAAAGCCAUAUCAUUGCACAGAAUGUGGAAAAUGCUUCAGGGCCUCCAGCGCUCUUACUUGCCAUAAGAGGAUUCACACAGGGGAGAAGCCCUAUGAAUGCUUGGAGUGUGGAAAAAUCUUCAAUGGACGUACUACACUAGCUAAUCAUAAUAGGAUGCAUAAAGGAGAGAAACCUUAUAAAUGCCUGCACUGUGGAAAGAGCUUCAGUCAAAAAGGUAGUCUAAAGUCACACGAGAGGAUCCACACGGGGGAAAAACCAUUUCAAUGCAUGGAGUGUGGAAAGAGCUUCUGUACUUCAACAAGCCUUACUUCCCAUCACAGAAUCCACACGGGGGAGAAGCCCUUUCAAUGCCUGCAGUGUGGAAAGCGCUUUGCCAGUUCUAGUAGCCUUCAUGCCCACGAACUGACCCACACAGGGGAGAAACCGUACAAAUGCCUGGAGUGUGGAAAGAGCUUCUGUUUCUCAGCAAGCCUUACUUCCCAUCACAGAAUCCACACAGGAGAGAAGCCCUUUCAAUGCCUGCAGUGUGGAAAGUGUUUCAGUAGGCAAACUAGUCUUACUCUCCAUAAAAGGACCCACACGGGUGAAAAGCCUUACAAGUGCACCGAAUGCGACAAAUGCUUCACCAGUUCGAGUUCCCUCACUUGCCACAAAAGGCUCCACACUGGGGAGAAACCAUAUGAAUGCCACACUUGUGGAAAGAGCUUCAAUGAAAAAAAAAGGUAUAUUGUACAUAGCAGAACCCACACUGGGGAGAAACCAUAUCAGUGCCAGGAGUGUGGGAAAUGCUUCAGUGGUUCUGGACAAUUGAUGAUCCAUAAAAGGAUUCACACAGGGGAGAAACAGUAUAAGUGCACCGAGUGUGGCAUGAGUUUCAGGAGAAGUAGUAACCUUUAUAUCCACAAGAGGAUCCACACUGGGGAGAAACCAUAUACAUGUCAUGAGUGCGGAAAAAGCUUUAGACAUAAUCAUUCACUAAGCAGCCAUAGAAGGCUUCACUCAGGGGAGAAACCCUAUAAAUGCCUGGAGUGUGGAAAAUGUUUUAGUAUGAGUGGCAGACUUACCUCCCACAUGAGGAUCCACACAGGGGAGAAGCCAUUUCAAUGCCUGCAGUGUGGAAAGUGCUUUGCCCGUUCUGAUGGCUUUCAUGCCCAUGAACAGACCCACACAGGGGAGAAACUGUACAAAUGCCUGGAGUAUGGAAAGGGCUUCCGUAAUUCUAGCAACUUAACAUCCCAUAGAAGAAUCCACAGUGGACAGAAACCAUAUCAAUGCACCGAGUGUGGGAAGUGCUUCAAUCAAACAAGUCACCUUAAUCGCCAUAAAAGGAGCCACACGGGUGAAAAGCCUUACAAGUGCACUGAAUGCGACAAAUGCUUUGCUGAUUUGGGGUCUCUCUCUCAUCACAAAAGGCUCCACACUGGGGAGAAACCAUAGGAAUGCCACACUUCUGGAAAGAGCUUCAAUACAAAAAAUGUCUCUAUCGUACAUAGCAGAACCCACACUGGGGAGAAACCAUAUCAGUGUGUGAAGUGUGGAAAGAAAUUCAGAACCCAUAGUAACCUUAAUCAACAUAAGAAAACGCACAGCAGGAAAAGAUGACCUGAAUUGGUUUGUGUUGAUUCUCAACAUUUGCUUAAUGCCCAUAGAAGUGUUCCAGGAGAAUCCGCAGAAAGUCUUGGAGUAUUGGAAGCGCUUCCGAAGCAGCAGAAGCUUUUUGAUCCAUUAAAAAUAAAAUAUUGAACCAAUACAA